CACAGGGCACUAGAGGGGCUUCAGGGGGGGGGGAGAAACCAUGCACAGAGCCAGCACUGCUUCAACUAUUAGGUCAAGCAAGCCCAGAUAUAAGCAGAUGUAGUUAUAGCUCAGAGGUAGGUAGAGAUGGCAGGGAGGAGGGUACUCACUGUUGCUGCAGUGCCCAGCAGCCUAGCCAGAGUAGAGGAGUCCAAAGGCUACCCUAGGGCUAUAGUACCCCCACAGAGCCCCACAAAUCCUCAGGAGAAAGCGUUGCUGUCCUCCGGUGCUCUCCUGCAUCGAGCUGUACUUCAGCGCCACAGCCUGGCAGGCUCAGAAGCGCGGGGAGAGCAGGAGUUGCCUAGGAGACCCAGCACAGGAUCAAGCUCCGCCCACGAAGACCAACAAUGGCGGGGCCUCCAGCCACCGCAGCCAGGGACCAGCCCAGGAUUCCGGCAAGCAGAGGACACCGCAGAGUACCUUGCAGCAGCAGUGCCUCCCCUCCGUCUCCACUCCAGGGCCGACUUCCACCACCACCUGAACAGCCGCCGUCCGGCCCCACCAGGGAUCAGUUCACCGCUGCUGGCACCCAGGACCACUGCCACGGCCACAGGAGACCUUCCGAAGCUCAGAGCACCCCCCCUUAGAAUGUCUGAAGCAGGAAGAAAGAGAAUCAGGAAGACUAGGCACAGAGCUUACACCAUGUGCCAGGAGCUCCUGCCAGAGGAUUGGGAAGGAGACGUCUGCCAGCUAUGUUUGCCAUCACCAGCUCAGCCUUCAACCCAAAUGGAUCUCAUUGCCUUUUUGGGGUGGUUUAAAUGAUCAGCUAUGCACCACCUUUCAAAGAGAUAUAAACGUCAUUUGAGGAGAAAAAGCAGCGUAAA